AUGGCGCAACUUGGACUCCGGGCGAUGCCCCCCACGACGACGACCCUGCGAAGCUAUGCCUUCACGAGGCUGUCGGCGGCUCGCGCUCCACGAGAGCUCGCAGUGCGUGCCGUCGUACGAUGCCAUUCAACCGGCAUUGAGCCCGGGAACCCCAAACCUCCGAGGCAAGGGAACGAGAUGAAGCUGGGGAGGUCGUUCCAGGGCCAGGUCAUGGGGAGUAUUGGAGCGCGGCUGAGGCGCGAGCGAGAGCAGAGAGAGCAGUACGAGCGGUGGAGAAACAUGACGGACCCCUCGAGGAACUGGAUGGUCACCUUUUUGUUUCUUUCUAGCAUAAGCCUCGCGUACUACAUGGGCACGUUCUGGCCUCGCGAGGCCGAACCCGCCUCGACCCUUCCUCUCUCCAAGGUCAAAGACCCCAAGCAUAAUACGAAGCUCGAAAACAUGCAGGCAGCCUGGGCGGACUUUGUCAAGAUUGUGGGCAAGGAGCAUGUCAGCACUCUGGAGACGGACAUUGAGCAUCACGCCUCCUCCGCGUGGUCCAGCCAUCGACCGAGGCCGGACGAGAAGCCCUUUUGUGUGGUGUUUCCAAGCAGCACCGAGGAGGUUUCGGAGAUUAUGAAGGUCUGCCACCGACGGCGCAUUCCGGUCGUCGGCUACAGCGGCGGGACCAGCUUGGAGGGCCACUUCACGCAGACGAGAAGGGGCAUCUCCAUCAACUUUGGCAGAAUGAACAGGGUGCUCGCGCUCCAUGGGGACGACCUGGAUGUUGUUGUCCAGCCAGCCGUUGGGUGGGAGUCCCUGAACGACGAGCUCGCCAAGGAUAAUCUUUUCUUCCCGCCUGAUCCGGGUCCGGGAGCCAUGAUUGGCGGCAUGGUCGGGACCGGGUGCAGCGGUACAAAUGCCUACAGAUACGGCACGAUGCGCGAGUGGGUGCUCAGUUUGACCGUCGUCAUGGCCGAUGGCACCGUCGUCAAGACCAGACAACGGCCGCGAAAGAGCUCCGCUGGCUACGACCUUACCAAGCUGUUCAUCGGGUCCGAGGGCACCCUUGGUCUUGUCACCGAAGCUACGCUCAAGGUCACCGUGAAGCCGGCGUCUACCAGUGUUGCCGUCUGCACUUUCCCGUCCAUCCAUGACGCGGCCACCUGUGUCGGCAAGGUCGUUGGCGCGGGCAUCCCCGUGGCUGCUGUGGAGAUCCUGGACGACAGCCAGAUGAAGUUUAUAAACGCCGCCGGCAUGACGUCGCGCUCGUGGACCGAGGCCCCCACGCUGUUCUUCAAGUUCGCAGGCACCCCUGCCAGCGUCAAGGAGCAGAUUUCGCAAGUACAGAGCGUGGCCAAACAGACUGGCAGCAGGUCAUUCGAGUUUGCCAGAAGCCAAGAGGAGCAGGAUGAGCUGUGGAGCGCCCGCAAGGAAGCCCUCUGGAGCACCAUGUCCGUGAUGAGGGCGGGUGACAGGGUCUGGACUGGGGAUGUCGCCGUGCCCAUGAGCCGGCUGCCUCGGCUGAUUGAGGAGACAAAGGAGAAUGUGCGCAAGAGUGGUCUGACGGCCUCCAUUGUCGGACACGUCGGCGAUGGAAAUUUCCACACUAUCCUGACGUACAGCGAGGCCCAGCGAAGCAAAGCCGAGGCCGUCGUGCACAACAUGGUCAAGCGCGCUAUCGAGAUGGAAGGGACCGUGACCGGCGAGCAUGGCGUUGGAUUGGUUAAAAGAGAUUACCUUCCACAUGAGCUUGGCGAGUCGACGGUCGAUGCGAUGAGACAGAUCAAGAAGGCGUUUGAUCCCCUGUGCUUGCUAAAUUGCGACAAGAUUGUUCGCAUGCAGAGGCCGAAAAAGGGAGAGGUUGAGGAGUGGUGA